GGCAAAGCAAAGGCAACUGCACCUGAAACUUUCACCACUUAACCUCACAAUGCUUGGAAGCCUACAUUACUUGUCUCACUCAACAUAAUUUUCGUGCCACAUAUUUUCAUACAGUUUCACCCACACUUUCUCUGAAUGUAUGCUAUACACUUCAGUUAAAUUAAUUUGAUCAUCCCAUUGUAUAUAAAUCGACCCUUGAAAGCAUCUAUCAAAGGACCCAGCAGCAUCAUAAUCAUAUCAUUUGAUCUUUUACCAUAUAUUGGUAUUAAACAGAAUGCACAUGGAGUUUCUUCUUCUGAAGCCCAUUUCAGUGAUCUUGAUCUUGUGUUUGCUGGCAGCUGUUCUGCUUUCAACCUUGUCAUCACCUGUCUUCCUGCUCUCCCUGUUCAAUAGCAUGGUUCUGGCCACUGCUGUUGGGAGCUGCAGCAGCAGGAACUCGUAUGAGGAGCACGUCGAUGGUGGUGGUGGUGGUGGUGUAUGGAGCUCGUUUCAGUCUUCAUCUUAUGGAGGAGCUGGGGAUGACUAUUUGUGUUAUGCUGCUGUUAGGAAUGAUGAUGAGGAUGAUAUGUCUUGUGAUGCUAAGGAUGAGGAUGAUAGUGAUGGUGAAAGCAAAGAUGGUUGCAAGGAGGAAGAUGAUGAGGAGUUGGAACAUGGCUAUGACGAAGAUGACGAUGAUGAUGGGAGCGAUGGCGAGGUUGGGUGGCUAGAUGAGGGAGAUUGUGAGGAAGAAGAAGAAGAAGAAGAAGAAGAGGAAGUGGCAGUAGUGGAUGAUGAUAGGAACCAUAGGUUGUAUGAGGUUGAUGGUGGAGAAGUGUUGCAUGACAAUUUGGAAAAAAGAGCUGAAGAGUUCAUUACAAAGGUUACUAAAGGAUGGAGAGAUGAAUUGUUAAGGGAUCAUCAGACAGAGCAAUGGGAAAUGGUUUGAUUGAAUGAGACAAGACUGGUUUUCUUUUUUGGUGUCUGGUUCUGCUGUCAAUCCUCAAAAAUUUUGUAUGCUAUUCUGUUUAUAUGUUUUUUUCCUCAGUUUUUGCUUUGUGCCUUUAGAUGAUGUUCACGAAUUGAGUGGCAUAGUAGUCACAUCCAGAUGGUGUGCGGCAAUUAGGUUCACAUGAAUCCAUUUUUACAAUCCAAAUAUGGACCUCCGUUUUCCCUUUGGUUUAGAUUGGGUCUGAUUCUUGAUCAGGC